UUGUGGACAGGAAAAGGCCUCGUGUACUCCUCAGUCUCCGUGACGACAAGAGAAGGGGCGCCCCCUAGUGGACAAGCACUGAUCCUGGAGGUGCAUCGAGUAAAUGAAGAGAAGCGAGAGCUUUCCCAACAGUUGCGCAACCUUCAGGAAAAUUAUGACAUUCGUGUGCGUGACCUUGAGAAUGCUGGGGAGGAGACGGAACGCCAUUAUGUGGCCCUCCUCGAGGACAAAAAGGCUGAAAUGAACGAUCUACGGCUCCAGCUAGAUGCAUCAGAGAAACAAAACAAAGCUCACCGCCAGUUUAUGGAGGAAGAAGCUAUAGAAAGGGAGAAAGAAAGAGAGGAUUUCCAGAGAGAGAUAGGGAAUUGGGAACAAAAAAUCCUAGAAAGUCAGAAGGAGAAGAAGGUGGAAACCAGGCUACAACGAGAAGUGGAUGACCUGACAGAGCAGUUGCAGAGCCGCUUGGACCGUGACAGUGAAUUUGUGGAGCAGACGGCACAACUCCAGCGUGACCUCCAGGACAAACAGAUGAGUGCCGAGGACAUGCGGGCCCUUGUCAUACAGCAGGAAAAGGAACUCGAGGAGAGGAGUCGGAUGGAAGAUAUACUCAGACAGAAAUUACGGGAAAUGGAGGAUGAAUUGUCUCAACAACAUCAAGUUAACACUGAACUGUCAGAAAUCAUUAAACUCCCGCCCAAUGUAGAGUCGGACGACGAGGAGACGUUAGAAACUCACGCUCCAAACGGAGGACGUAAGACUAACACACGACACCGACGCCUCCUGCCUUCACAGCUAUCACUUCACCAAGAAGAGGAAUUACUCCACGAGAAGGAGGCGUUACAGCACCGAGUGGAGCAGCAGCUGAAGCAGAUCUCAGCCCUAGAGAAUCAACUGGACGCGAUGAGGCACCGUGGGAGUCUGGGCGAGGACAGUCAGGCAGCUACACUUCAAAGACAGCUGGAAAGACAGACAGAGUUCGUGGAGACUCGUGAUAGACAGUUGGAAGAGCAAAAAGAACAGAUUGAAGAUUUAGCUGGUCAACUGGUCAAUAAGGAGCGCCUCAUACAGCAACUGUCUGACCACAUUGAGUCAACAGAUAGGCCAGAGGUCACAAGUCAGCCUGGCCGUGACAUGGUCAUCGAGAAACUACAGGAUGAGAAUAUGGAGAUGACGACCAAGAUCAAAUCCCUCCAGAAUAAAAUUGCCUCCAUGCCAAUGCCUGUCCUGAACCAGAGUCUGAUCAUGGAAAAGAACCAAGAGAUAGACCAUCUUAAUAACCAGAUAGAACAGCUCAACUAUGAAAUUGAACGUCUCCGUUCUGGACAGGAAAUAGCCAGACUGCAGGCAGAAGUUGAUCGCCAACAAGCAGAGUUGGAGCAGUCUAAGUCAGACAUUCAGUUUCUAAGAGCUUCUCAAGCAUCUACAUUCUCUGGUGAUGGGUCUGAUAUUGAGGCUCCUGGAGUCACUGACUCAUUCAGUGAAGUGACCAACCUCCAACAGGAGAUAGAGGACUCGUUCGCCCUGAAGUAUCGGGAGGAGACGGAGGAGAUCCGUGGGGAACUUCAGAAGUCAAAGUCUGAGCUAGAUGAACGAGAGGAGGAUGUUGCCGGCCUACGACAAGAUUUAGAAACUUUACGUAACACAGACCAGGUACUAUAG